GGACCUACGCGGGGGAGGCGAAGUUGUAUAUAUUUGGUUGCGCGCGUAAUGUGAAUGAACAGUCUUUGGCGAUGGGGCGGUUGAUGCCUACGUGGCGACAAUAUCGAGAACCACGGCAAUGACGACGACGACGUCAUCGGCGGCGGGAUCGCCGGAGAGAGUCGCGUCUCUUCCACCACGUUGUACAGAACGGCAGCCGCGUAGUAGCGCAUGCUGAUAGCCGCCCCGCUAUCGAUCCAUCCGCGCCCCCGAGCUUUCUCUCGCUUCUCCUCACAAGCCUCGUGAACGUCGCUGCCGAGCAAUCGUCCCGGCACAAUUGUAUAAUAAUUCGGGUGCGAUUCUUAUCCCGUGUAAUAACAGUAUCCGUGUCCUCUCUGUCUUUUCGUCUUUAUCGCGUCCUAUCGAACGGUCAUCAGGAGUAACGUACCAGGAGACGAGCAAGCAGCGGCAACGUUAUGGCACGACAAGGCGAAUACUGCAGGGCGAUUUUCCUACUCUGGUGUGUCUCAGGAAUAGCGUUCAGUAUCCCCGUCCCUUCGCCGAUACCGCGACAAGUAGACGAGCAACGUUAUACCACACGUAGAACUUUAAAAGUCUAUGUAGAGAUGCCUACCCAGAGGACGAGAUUGCCUUUGACGAUAGUCAAUUCCGAAAUCAAAACAACCACGAUCCUGCCCUCAACCUCUACGACCACGCACAGAUCGGUCUCAACGGAUAAACCCUUGUAUCGGGUGGACAGAAGCAACGGACAAGCUUGUAUUCUUCUUCAAGUGGAUGCGAUUAUUGCCGUCAAAUAUCGCACCAAAUAUGGCGACGAUCAAGAAGUGGAUAUAUACGUACCUGAUGAUGCGACCGUGACCGGAAAUUGCGACAAUGAGAAUACAGUGACAAUGUCCUUGAAGUGGAAUGCCUUUGUAUUAUCUUGGAGUUUCGCUAAGACACCCGGUGGCGAACGCUGGUACGUCGAGAAAAUUGAAUUGACCUACAACUCUAGCGACAAACACUUCGAGCACGUUGAUCAACCAAACAAGACUAUUCGGGUGAGUACCGGGCAGAAACAUAGCUUCAUGCUGUUCCCUACGCCGGUUGGAAAAUCGUACGCUUGCACCGAGGAAAUCGUGGUUCCACUCACCGAUGGCAAGAAUCACGCCAGUGUACUUCUGAGAGAUAUGAAGCUGCAGCCGUUCAAGUUCAAGAACAACGAGUUCGCCACCGAGUUCUCGUGCACUUCGCUAAGCGCGCGCGCCGGUAGGGACGAGACCGCGCCGGUCGCGGUCGGUUCCACGCUGGCCGCUGCGGUCCUUCUGACGAUCACCGGUUACGCGGCCUACCGAUACUUCAAAGUGAAGAAGGUCAAAUAUGACACGAUGGAGUAAGGAGAGCCGGGGCGAAUCGAUUCCCCACUGUCACGACGAUGCCAAAGCGUACGCGUAUCGCCAAAAUCACGACUCGUAGUUUUUAUUCCCUCCACGUUAAUCAUUUCUGGAAAAAAA